UGAUUUUAAGAAUUCUAUUCUGCAUAGGCCUUAAAUCUCAUCACAUAAUUACUGCUCUGACAUAUUCGUAUUAUUAGAAACAAAUUUUUGAAUAUUUUUCUUCAAAUUAGACUAUUUCUGUAUAAAUAAGUAAUAAUAAUUGAAUACAAUUCAUAUACAGAGAAAGUUAUUUGUGAAAAAUACAUAAUGCGUUGUUAAAUACAUCACAAGUAUAGUGUGUGACACACAGAAUAUUUAUGUUAACGCAUUACUUCAACCUUUUGUCUUGGUUACGCUUUUCAUUUUUGACGCCGGCUCCAAAAAGUUUUAACUUUUUUAAUUCUUAAUAGUAUAUACAUAUUGCUAUUUAUUCAUUUUAAUGCAUCAAAUUGCAAACAAUUGUGUAAAGAUUGAAAACUUCAGUUAAAAUACACAUAUAAGUGAAUUCAAAAGUUUAAUUACACUUUAAAAAUGGAAUAAAUUGGAAAAAUCAAGCCUAAAGACAUGAGAUAUUAACAUCAAAGUCUGAUGUUAUAUAUAAUUUUUUUGUGUACUUUGGAACGUUCUUGUUAAAGAUGAAUAUAGAUCUCUUCUGUUUCAAAAGCAAGGUCUUAUGGUGAGAAAUGUCAGUCAAUAAAAAAGAAGGCCUUGUUUGAAGUGGAUUCCUUAAGAGUCUCAAGUGUCACAAUGAGAGUUAUUGUUUUGACGAUAUUAGUAAUAUUACUGGUUCAAUGUAUUAUUGCAAACAGAAUAUGUGUCAGUCGAAAGAAAAUUACAGAAAAUUUUUCAAAAGAAAAUUAUAAAAAUGUAAUUGAAAAUGAUUCGAAUAACAAUGAUGAUGCUGGUUAUCAGAGACACAAUGAAAUAAAAUUUGAAAAAUGUGAAAAUUUUUGUUAUACCUUAUGGAAAGAAAAUAAGACUGGAAAUGGUACUGAAAUAACUAUUAUUAUGCAAGGCUGCUGGAAACAAUCUGGAUAUCAAGAAUGUGGAACAAAAGAAUGCGUGGCUUUUGAACAAUCAACAAAAGCGUUAAAUAAUACAAAAUUUUGCUGUUGUCGUGAGGACUAUUGUAACAUCAAUAUAACAGAUCAUGGUCAAAAUAAUGUUUUCCAACCUAUUUCAACAACAACGGAUUAUUCGGAACAGUCAAACUCUAAAAAAUGGAUAUUAGUUACCGUAACUAUUUUAUCCUGCACUUUAAUUAUAAUAUGCUCUAUAAGUGUUUUCAUAUGUAAAGUAUAUAAAAAAAAUAGAGCACUGAGAUUUAGAAAUUCUAUACCAUACUGUGAUCAAUACUCAGAUAGUUCAGCUUUUAGAACUGGUACCUACACAUUUGAUAAUCUAAAGCUAGCAACAAUUGUUGGUCAAGGUCGAUAUGGUUCGGUAUGGAAAGGUAGCAUUGGAGAUCAAGAUGUUGCUGUUAAAAUUUAUCCAGCGCAUUACAAACAUUAUUUUCAAAAUGAGAAGGAUACUUAUUGCCUUCCUUUCAUGGAGCAUCCUUCAUUAUUAAAAUACUAUGGUGCUGAUGAAAGAAUUAAUUUAGAAGGCAAUAUAGAAUAUCUUUUAGUCUUGAGUUUUGCAUCUGGUGGAACUUUAGUGGAUUUUUUGCGAUCUCAUACUGUUGAUUGGCUAAUGUUUUGUAAAAUGAGUCUCUCAAUUGUUAAAGGUCUUGCUUAUUUACAUACAGAUCAUCACAAGAAUGGUAAAAUAAAACCUUGUAUAGCGCACAGAGAUAUCAAUUCAAGAAAUAUUUUGAUCAAAGCCGAUGGAACUUGUUGCAUAUGUGAUCUUGGAUUGGCAGUUCAAAUCUCCGGUUCAAAGUAUUAUGUGAAUGGAGAAGAACAACAUGCUGAAACCAAGUCCAUUAAUGACGUAGGAACGCUUAGGUACAUGGCUCCAGAAGUACUAGAAGGGGCUGUAAAUUUAAGAGACUGCGAAAGCUCUCUAAAACAAAUUGACAUAUAUGCAAUUGGCUUGGUAUUAUGGGAAAUUGUAUCUCGUUGUUCUGAUAUUUAUGUAUCUGGCUCUGAAAUACCGUCAUAUAAACUUCCUUUUGAAAAAGAAAUUGGAUUGCAUCCUACAUUUGAACAAAUGCAAAUUCUUGUUUCUCGGAACAAGGCCAGACCCUUGUUAGAAGGAAAUUUGGUUGACAAAUCAGGAGUUCGUUUGAUAAAAGAAACGAUGGAGGAUUGUUGGGAUGCAGAUGCAGAAGCUCGCCUUACUGCCUUAUGCAUAGAAGAAAGAUUAACAGAACUGCAAUCACAUCGAGUGACAGUGUACUUUACUGAUGGAAGCCCAAUGAUGAAUUCUCACUGUGGACUUGUGCCUUCAACUACAAAUAGUCUUUAUACUGAAACUCAUCACCCUAAUACUGCACAAUCAACACAUCAUACAUUUCAAGACGAUAAUGUCGAUGUCAAUUUAGUCACGUUAUCACCGAUGGAUAAUAUCACUUACGAACACUGUAAAAAUUCCAACGAAAUGGUAUUGUAUUCACAUACACAAACUCUUCAACCUUAUCAGGGUAGAAAUCCCUGCAUGGAGCGCAAUCUCAUGGUUCAAUCGAAUUCCAUGGAACAACUUGCUUGCAAUGGCAACAUUUUGAUAGAUAAAUCAUCGAAACAUUCAACCAGCGAUCAAUACAGAUUAACUGCCGAGACACAGGUUCUUAUACCACAAGAUUUUCUAGCUCAAAAUACAAGUCAAGUAAUUCAAAUAAGACCAGCAACUCCUAUUCCUUACGUUCAAAAUGUUAUUUCUGAAAGUGGAGGACCGUCUUAUAAUAAAUUGAAACAAACCAACGUUUACGAAUCCUCUACUCAAGAAAGUCCACGUAAAAAGGGCUUUGCGGGUUGGUCUACUUUUAAAAAUUUGCUUUCUAAUAGCAAAUUGUAUUCUCACAGUAAAUGUCAAAUAGACCGAGAAGACUCAAAGUCAAAUUUACUCAUGAAACAAAAAGUGCAAUCUAAAGUCGAAACAAAUGUAACGCUUUCAUCAAGAGGAAAAUAUGUUAAUGAAAUAAGUUCAGCUUCGGCUAGUUUUCUCGAUAAAAACGACAAAAAUACAAGUCAAGUUGGAAAUCAAAAGUGCAGCAACGACAGCACAGUUCCCUGUGAAAGACCAUCAACAUUACCGCUUGUUCCAUUGAGGAAUAAAAAGAGCGAAAAUAAUUUGACAAAACAAAAAAGUAUAAAUAAAUUUAAUCAAGUUUUUAACGUUGGUUCAAGUGUCAAUAUUUUAAAGGAUCCAAAUAUGCGGAUAAAAACACCUGGUGAUUUACCUCCAUCGGUUAGAAAAGUACGAGGACGGUCUUCUCAAACAGCAGCUAGAUUUUCCCUUUACGAUGAUCGUAUAAUGUGUAACAUUCUUAAUGAAGAAGACAACCAAAGUGAUAAGACUAUGUCAAAUUCAGUACCAUAUGGUAUGGACUUGGACUGCGACAGUAAGACUUCACCACCAAAACUUAACGCUAAAGAUAUUACUUGUUUUUAAAUCAAGUAUCUAAAUUUACACAAAUAAAAAUAAGUUAGGUCAUUUUGAAAUUUUUUAAAAAUAUUAUAUUUUCAGGGA